AUCCCGUACGGCAUGUUCACGUCUUUACCGUAAAAACCAGAUUGAUUUUAUCAUUAAAUCAAUGUAAUCAAAGUACGAAAUGGAAUAAAAAAAAUACUGAAGCUUGGUGUUCGUAACUUUAUAAAUAAAUAUAAGCAAAUUUAAUAUAAUAAUUCCAUUAUCAGUUACGUAAUAAAGUUUCGUGUUCGUCGAGAUGAGGUCAGUCGGCUAGAUAAACUUGAGAUUUUCUCGGUUUCACAACGCGAGUGCUAAUUGUUAAUAAUAUGGUCACAUCAGUUAUGGAUAUAAUAGUCGUUGGUUGCGGCGCCUCCGGGAUUGCAGCGCUGCGGAAACUUCACGAGGCCGGCUUAAAGGUGCUCGGUUUAGAAGCUGCUGAUAGGAUCGGGGGUAGAAUUCGUACGGUAGAAUAUGGUGACUGUUUUCUUGAUUUAGGAGCCGCUUGGUGCCAUGGUGAGAAAGGCAAUGUUGUAUUUGAUCUAGCAAAUCCAUUAGAUCUCUUGGGUAGACCAAAACCGGACCAAAAAUAUUUUGUCCUGUCAAACGGAACUUUGCUGCCUAUUGAAGCGGGCGAAGGAAUCGUUCAAGCUUUAAAUGAAGAAUUAGCUACUGCUAAUAAGAAUACUAAAGGAUCGAUUUCUGCAUGUAUACGAAAUGCGGCGAAGACCAAUCCAACCCUAAAAGAAGAUCCUGAAUUAGCUCAAUCAUUUGUAGAAUGGUACGAAAAAAAUAACCACGUUGGUGGACAAAUUGAUCCAAAGAAGGGGAAAUCUUUAAAAGGUUUAGAAGUGUUUUCAAAUUGUGAAGGAGAAUUUAUGCUUAACUGGAAAGGAAGAGGUUAUACGACUAUACUUGAUAUUCUCUUGAACAAAUAUCCUGAUCCCUCAAAAGAACUACCAAUCGAAAUACAUCUUAAGAAAGAGGUCGAAAGCAUAAAAUGGCGAACAAGUAAACCAGGUCUGGAUGCCGGAAAUCCUCUGGUUCAAAUCAAAUGUAAAGACGGCAGUUUGUAUGCAGCGAAAAGCGUCAUUGUUACUGUAUCCCUUGGAGUUUUAAAAGAAAGACACCACCAAUUAUUCAACCCUCCUUUACCCUCUGAAAAGAUCAAUGCAAUCAAUAAUCUCCAACUCUGUGUGCUCGACAAAAUCUAUAUUGAGUUUACAAAGCCAUGGUGGCCAAAAACACCAGCUUGUUUCAAUAUUUUGUGGAGAAAAGAAGAUAAAGCCAAAUUUACAAGUGAAGAACAAUGGGUAACUGAAAUUCCUGGUUUCAAUACUGUGGAGUAUCAUCCUAAUUUGCUUUUGGCUUGGAUUUAUGGAGAAGGGGCGAAGAAAAUGGAGAAUACCAGCGAAGAACGAGUUAAAGCUGGUGUUUUUAAGCUGUUGGAAGUGUUUUUCAACAAGGAAUUCAAUGUAACACCGGUGAAAUCUAUUUUAAGGUCGCAAUGGGCGUCAAAUCCUCUAGCUAGAGGCGCGUAUUCGUACCGCAGUGUUGCCACAGAGGAAAAUGGCGGUAGUGCUGUAAUUUUAUCCGAACCGUUAUAUCACGGCAACAAUUUCCCCGUCGCUUGUUUCGCGGGCGAGGCGACGUCACAUCAUAGACAUUCAGCCGUCCAUGGUGCCGUGGAAGCUGGAUUCCGAGAAGCUGAAAGAUUGAUUGCCAGUUUUACAAAAUAAUUUUUAGUAUUAUACAAACGAAACCUACUUUUAACAAAAAAAAAUUUUUUUUUCUAUAUCAUU